CAGCUAGCACCUACUAACUUUCAUCUUUCAAGUAUACAUAGCACGUACCUCCCUCACUUCUUCCUCUGCUCUCGCCUCUGUUACCUCCCUCAAAACAUAUUUGACUUUACUUCAUCACUACCUCCAUACUAUGAUGGACUUAUCACUACACAAGCAACUCUUCCCCCUCCUCUCUCUUCUCUCAAUUCUAUUUCUCUCAGGACAAAGGAUGCAAGCAGAGGCUAAUAAUAGCCUUCAAAAUCCCCAACUCAGUGAACCAACCAAGAAACUCUUCGUUUUUGGAGACUCAUAUGCUGACACCGGCAACAUCAGAAAAAGUCUCUCCAAUUCAUGGAAAGACCCCUACGGCAUCACCUUUCCCGGCAAGCCAGCCGGUCGAUUCUCCGACGGAAGGGUCCUCACCGACUACAUUGCUAAGUACCUGGGAGUGAAAACACCUGUGCCAUACAGAUUUCGGAAGCAAAUGGCGCAGCAGCUGAAGUACGGCAUGAACUUUGCAGUGGGUGGAACUGGCGUAUUUGACACGUCUACUCCAGGGCCUAACAUGACCACACAGAUCCAAUUGUUGGAGCAACUCAUCCACGACGGACUCUACACCGCUUCUGAUCUCACCAACUCCAUCGCUCUUGUCUCUGUUGCUGGUAACGACUAUAGUCACUACCUUGCCACUCAUGCCUCUCCUCAGGGUCUACCAUAUUUCGUGGCGUCAGUGGUGAAUCAAACAACAAGGAAUCUGAUGCGGAUCAAAGCAUUGGGGGUAAAGAAGAUCAUAGUUGGCAGCCUCCAACCCCUUGGAUGCCUCCCUCAGGUCACAGCCUUCUCGUCCUUCCAACAAUGCAACGCCUCUUCCAACACCUUGGUGGCUUUCCACAACAACCUCUUGAACCAAGCAGUUACCAAUUUGAACCAAUCGUGGUCGUCGUCCUUCGCGGUUCUCAACCUCUACGACAGCUUCAUGUCCGUCCUAAACCACCCUACGACGCACAACAUCCAGAACCAGUUGCGGCCGUGCUGCGUUGGCGUAAACAGCAAGUAUUCAUGUGGGAGUGUGGAUGAGAAUAACGUGAAGAUGUAUAGGGUUUGCGACGAUCCCAAAUCAGCCUUCUUUUGGGAUCUGGUGCACCCCACGCAGGCCGGGUGGCAUGCCGUGUAUAACAAGUUAAGAACCAUGAAUGCUCUUCAAGGAAUUCAGUUCUAGAAUUACAUAGAUAGAGGAGAACUGACGGACUGCAUCCAUGCUUGCGUUGUUGCUUAAUUGGUACAUGUAAGCUCAAUUAAAUUAAGUUUAGCUUAGCUUGGCCUGUUCUUUAUGUUACGUCAACACAUGUGCCCUUUCAGUUGUACUUGUUGAUUGUCUCUUCAAGCUAAGUUAGUGUUUUAUGUUAAUUCUGCAAUGUGCAAAUAGAAUGUUCAUCAUUUUAUUGUUCCAAACUAACAAAAUUGAUUUAAAAU